AGCACUUGGGGUUCGCGGAGGGGAGGUAGAUUCGCCUGGAGACGGAAUAUUGGUCUUGGGUGGGGCUCUCCAGCCCUUUGGGAUUUCAGCGGGGAAGCGAGGCAGCCCCCUCCGCUGGGCCAACCACAGUUUGAACGUUCUGCCCCGCAGCGGUUCUGGACCCAGGAGCCCCAAAGCCUCCUUCACCAUCCAUCAGGUUUCGGUUCUUAUUCAUGUGGACACAUGGCUCUGUUACGAAAAGUUAACCAAGUGCUGCUGUUCCUUCUGAUUUUGACCCUUUGUGGGAUUCUGUACAAGAAAGUUCGUAAGGAGGCCGUGCUCAAGCACGAAGCAGAGGACGGUGCGGAGCCGGCGGAGGACGCGGACGAGGAGAUCCCGGUGGUGAUCUGCGCGGCCGCGGGGCGGGUGGGCGCCGCCAUGGCCGCCAUUAACAGCGUCUACAGCAACACGGACGCCAACGUCCUCUUCUACGUGGUGGGGCUGCGCAGCACGCUGUCCCGAAUACGAAAAUGGAUCGAGCAUUCUAAACUGAAAGAAAUAAACUUUAAAAUUGUGGAAUUCAACCCCAUCGUCCUCAAGGGGAAGAUCCGACCAGACUCAUCAAGGCCUGAGUUACUCCAGCCUCUGAACUUUGUCCGAUUUUAUCUCCCCCUGCUUAUUCACCAACAUGAGAAAGUCAUCUAUUUGGACGAUGAUGUCAUUGUGCAAGGUGAUAUCCAGGAGCUGUAUGGCACCACUUUGGCCUUGGGCCAUGCUGCAGCCUUCUCGGAUGACUGCGAUUUGCCCUCUGCUCAGGACGUCGACAGGCUUGUGGGGCUGCAGACCACAUACAUGGGCUAUCUGGACUACCGGAAGAAGACCAUCAAGGACCUUGGCAUCAGCCCCAGCACCUGCUCUUUCAAUCCUGGUGUCAUUGUCGCCAACAUGACUGAAUGGAAGCAUCAGCGCAUCACCAAACAGCUGGAGAAGUGGAUGCAAAAAAAUGUGGAGGAAAACCUCUACAGUAGCUCCCUGGGAGGAGGGGUGGCUACCUCCCCAAUGCUGAUUGUGUUUCAUGGGAAGUAUUCCACAAUCAACCCUCUCUGGCACAUAAGGCACCUGGGCUGGAAUCCAGAUGCCAGAUACUCUGAACACUUUCUGCAAGAAGCUAAAUUACUCCACUGGAAUGGAAGACAUAAACCAUGGGAUUUCCCCAGUGUUCACAAUGACUUAUGGGAAAGCUGGUUUGUUCCUGACCCUGCAGGGAUAUUUAAACUCAAUCACAAUAGCUGAUGUAACCCAACAUUUAAAAUAUCCCCUUUAUAAAAAUGUGGACUUGCCCUUUGUAGCUUA